AUGGUGUGGGCUGCUCAGUGGGUGCCGGCGUCUACUCGCUCGUUGGUUGGUAUUGCCUGCAUCUUCACGUCGCUCACGUACUCAGAGUUUGCAGCUCGUGUUCCUGUCACGGGCUCAGCAUAUACGUUCGUGUAUAUCACCUUUGGCGAGUUGGCUGCGUGGCUUAUUGGGUGGAAUCUAACGCUUGGGUACGGCAUCUCGGCAGCUGGAAUUGCACGAAGUUGGGCCUCGUACGCAUACUUGUUCCUACAACAUUUGGGUCUUCAUCUCCCACGUUGGCUCGUGCAAACAGAGUUUCUAGGUAUCUCCUGCAGCAUCCUGGCCGUAUUUCUCAUCAUAUGCUGCACCUUCAUCCUUCUUGCCGGGGUUCACGAAUCCGCCAAGUUCAAUGCAUUUGUGACGUCGCUGAAUAUAUCAGUGCUGCUCUUUGUGGUUGCGUUUGGAAGCACUGAAGUGGACACUACGCACUGGGAACCUUUCAUGCCUGCAGGAGUACACGGCGUUAUGACAGGAGCUGGCGUGGUCUUUUUCGCGUACUUGGGUUUUGAUAUGGUGGCUUGUCUAGCCGAAGAGGUGCACGAGCCCCAGCGCACACUACCCAAAGGAAUUAUUGGGUCUUUACUGAUCUCUAUGACCAUUUACGUCGGUGUUUCGCUAGUCGUGACCGGAAUGGCACCGGUUGACAUCCUCGGAACUGAGGUUCCUCUGGUGAAUGCGUUUACUUUCCAUGGCGCGCCGUGGGCUGGACGUAUCGUGUCCUUCGGUUCCAUUUUUGGGCUUACGACUGCUGCGUUUACUUGCCUCAUGGGCCAACCGCGUAUCUUCUACCAGAUGGCUAAAGAUGGUUUGCUGCCAUCAGUAUUCGCCAAGCUACACCAUCGGACACACGUUCCUGUUGCCAGUACGAUAUUUACUGGUGCUUUGGUCGCUGUCAUUGCGUUCGUAUUUGAUCUCAGCUUUCUGGCCAACGUAAUUUCUUGUGGGACACUACAAGUCUUCACCUUUGUGAAUGCUGGCGUACUACUGCUGCGUAUGCGUCCGAGUCUCAGUGGAGCGGCUGUCGUUCAGCGUGUGCUACUGUUCGUGGUAUCUUGUUUCGCGCUGUCGUUAUCUUUCGUUUUCGAUCUACCGUGGACGAUUCAAGCUGUGUUUGCUGCUUUGGUAGUUGCUUCAUUCGUGUUCAUUUACCGACUGGGGAAGCUUGAGAUCGGUGUGCUCCUCUGGCUAGGCGCGGGUCUAAUCAAGCCCAUGAAGACGACACCUCCCUUUGUGGAAUGCCUUCUGCCUUUCCGGUUGUCUCGACCCGACGACGAAGGCUCUGACAGCAACCCCGCAGAGAGUGACGAUGAGAGUAGCUUCGACCGCACGCUUAGAUCUCGUGAAGUCUCGGUUAGCCAGUUCAUCCAAGGAUGUCAACUCUGGUUCACUGAGACUUUUCUAAUCGAACACGUACGAAAUCUCUCAACAUGGCAGAAGCAGCAAAGUGUGAUGAAAGCAGGAAAAGGGAAGUGCCAAAAACUAAUGCCGUUGGAAUACGACCAUCAGCAGUCUCCAACGCAGGCUACUCAACCGCCGUUUGACCAGCUUGCACAUGAAAGUGAUGCCACAAGAGCUUUCAGCUACGAGGCAUACGCUCGCAACCCUCCGCCACAAGUACCGUCACUUACUUCGUCGGCUUCUGCUCCAGCAUUGCUGCAUGCCAAAUACUGUUCUCACAACAAACCCGAUCCUGCAACUUUGACAGCGAUAACUAAACUCAAAAACGCUAAGCAACAUCAACGUCGAAAGAAAAAAGAGGCUGACGAGAUGGCUCGACGAGCGAGACAACAAAGUGCAGAGAUUGCACGCGCGUUCAGUGCAAGUGUAGCCAUGAUCUCUCGUCACGUACAUAACGAGGAAGGACGCGAUCUCCGCGCGAACGAACUUGACAUGCAAAUUGCUCGCACCGACCAGACUCGUUACUGGAGUCAACUACAUAGAGCUCACUGUCAGGCCGUUGAACAGGAGACAGGGGCGCAACGAGCUCGUGAGGUGUGUGCUAUGAAAGCUCUUGCUACAGAAGAAUUGCUCUUGUCACGUGACUUCCGGUCACUUCGUGAAGAAGUGGUGCGUCGUAACAAGUCUUUGUUCACGCUAUCCUCUUCGACGAGCACAAUUAUCCCCGCUCCACCUGAAAUACGGGCUGCACGAGCCACAGCAAGCACUGACGCAGACCACAAACGAUUAGCUCGUGUGGAACGCGAACACGCUGAGCACAUGCGCAGUCUACAGUUGCUAGACUACGUCCUCGCGCAAACUCUGCGUUCGUCGAAGUCGACGUAG